GUUAUUUUAAUCUGAAGUUCUUCCGGUUAAAGGGGUUACACAAACACAAACAAUGUAAAUAAUUAGUGCUCCUGGUGUACUUGUAACCGGCUGCAACUUGCAAGAAGAUCUGCAAUGGCUCAGGACAAACCCUGUGCUCUCAUCUCAGAAGUUGGUGGAGAGGGUUUCAUCCAAGAAGCUGUUGACAUUAUGAAGCAACAUUUCCAGAUUAUCACUCAUCAAGAAUUUCUCCAAAACCCCUCUCUCAGCUCCAAGAUCCAAGUUGUGUUUCUGUGGGACAAUAAGCCUCAAAUUGAGCCAUCUCUCAUUAGUUCACUACCAGCCUUAAAGUUAAUCGCCAAUGGAGGAGUGGGCAUUGACCAUUUGGACAUCGCCCAUCUAAAGAGUCUGGGCAUAAGAGUGAGUAAUACGCCUCAUGUGGUCAGUAACGCUACAGCUGACAUGGCAAUGGGCCUGCUCCUGGCAUCCGCACGCAGGAUUGUAGAAGGUCAUCUGAUCUGCGUAGACCCAAACACGACUAAAUUUCCACGCACUCAAAUGGGUUUUGAGGUGACAGGCUCCACACUCGGUAUUAUUGGGAUGGGGCACAUUGGAUUCAAAAUCGCUCAAAGAGGAAGAGGAUUUGAUAUGAAGAUUUUGUACCACAACAGAAAUAGACGGUCGUAUGAAGAUGAACAGGCUGUAGGAGCUGUGUACUUUAAAAACAAGGAGGAGCUGCUCAGAGAGGCUGACUUUGUGGUGCUGGCGGUGAACCUGACCCCAGAAACCACAGGGCUCAUCGGGCACAAAGAGCUCUCCCUCAUGAAACCCACGGCAACGCUGGUCAACAUCAGCCGAGGCCGUGUUGUGGACCAAGACGCCUUAGUCGAAGCACUACAGAAUAGGACAAUACGAGCAGCAGCGUUGGAUGUGACCUACCCAGAGCCUUUACCGAGAAUUAUUUGUCAGCUACUCUUGAAUUCCAGAAAGGACUUCUAUACCAUCAUUCCCGCCUGUACACUACUGAGGACCAGAGAUCACCCUCUUCUGCAUCUGCCAAAUGUCAUCAUCACGCCCCACUCUGGGACAGACACGGCUGCCACGAUAGUGAAGAUGGUGCAAACGAUGGUAGACAAUGGAGUUGCCGCUGUACAAGGCCAACAGAUCCCAAAUGAAGUCCAGCCUUGAUGAAAUCAGUAAAUCACCUCUUUUAAUGAGAAAUGUUGAUGUAUUAUUUAACAAGACAGAAAUGUGAACAAUAAAAAUAAUACUUCAA